UGUGAAAAUGAGUGGAAGAGGGAAAGGUGCGAAAACCAAGGCAAAGGCGAAGUCUCGUUCGUCUCGAGCUGGACUGCAGUUUCCAGUCGGUCGUGUUCAUAGGCUACUUCGUAAAGGGCACUAUGCUCAGCGAGUAGGUGCUGGUGCGCCAGUUUACAUGGCUGCCGUGCUGGAAUAUCUGACAGCCGAAAUUCUGGAGUUGGCUGGAAACGCUGCCCGGGACAACAAGAAGACUCGUAUCAUCCCCCGUCACCUGCAGCUUGCCGUGCGCAACGAUGAGGAGCUGAACAAGCUUUUGGGCCGUGUUACUAUCGCCCAGGGCGGAGUGUUGCCCAACAUUCAGGCUGUGUUACUGCCCAAAAAGACGGAGAGGGCAGCUAAAGCCAAUUCCCUCGCGGAUGAUGAGGUCACCUGGCUGGAAGACUUCGAAGCGCAGCUUGGUCAGCACCGCCAGCACAAAGUUGGGGUCGGCGUUGGCGAACAGCGGCAUGUUGGCCACUAGGUUGCGACAGUUGAA